AUGAACGAAAGUAACGAAGUCAGCAAAGAUUCUGAAGAUGACUGGGGAGUUGUGGACUCCAAAAUUUUGCCCUACCAAGAUGAACCGCUAGCGGCUGAAGAGGAAGCACUUGAUUUCGACGACUCUGAAAGAGACGUUGAUGGUCUUACUCCCUCGACUUUGGCAGAAAGAUAUGAACGAACAGUUUGUUUGGAAUCUUGGUAAGUGAAUUCAUUCAGCUCCAACUUCCAUUUCAUCCUGAAAGAUCUCCAACCAAACGUACAGUCUGGGGCAAAGAAAAAGAAAAACAAGCUUGACAUGGCCGUUCAACUUGAUUUUGUUUGGCAGGUGUCGCUGUCAACAUUGCAGAACAGAAUUAUUAGUUGGAUCAAUAGAAUUUCGCUGUUGCCGAGAAGUAACCAGCACGUCAGGGAAAAUGGUUUUUGAUGGCUCGAUUGAGAAAAUAAGCUGUAUAACACAACACGAGGAUUGUGACGCCAUAACUAACGAGCAGUUCUUGUUCAAGUGGCACCUUUACUGA